AUGAAGUUCUCGGCUCUGAGUCCGGCCCUGCUGGGUCUAAUCGCCUGCGCACAGGCGACCACCAUCGAGUAUGAGACUGUGACCGGAUAUUUCUUGCAGGACGAAAGCGCAACGGUUGCAUCCACUUUCGAUUAUACUGCCGUCAACUUCGGCCUCAUCAACCGAACUUACCCGGUCGAUAAGGAGCUGAAGCACAAGGGCGAAGAUCUCACCCAGUGGGAGCGUUUUUAUCGCCAAGUGCAGAAGCUGAACAAUGAUUCUCCCAAGACUGUGGAGUAUAAGGUGCUCUUCCUUGGCCGCCACGGCGAAGGCUGGCACAACGCUGCGGAGACUUACUACGGUACCCCGGCGUGGAAUUGCUACUGGGCUGAGCUCGACGGAAACAGCACCGCAACUUGGCACGAUGCCGAACUCACCGACAACGGUGUAUCCCAAGCCCUUAUCGCUCACAACUUCUGGCAAAAGGAGAUCGACGAGCAGAAAAUCCACACUCCUGACAACUACUUUGUCAGCCCUCUUACGCGCACCCUGCAAACUGCCAAUCUCACCUUCAAUGGCCUAGCUCUUCCGCAUGGUGCGGCCACCUUCAAGCCCCUCGUCAAAGAACUUUUCCGCGAGGGUAUCAGUAUCCACACCUGUGAUCACCGUCGCAGCAAAAGUUACAUUCACUCGCUGUUUCCAGGCUGGCCCAUCGAGAAGGGCUUCGCUGAGGACGACGAGCUCUGGAAUGGCGUCACUGCCGAGACAAGCGGCGCGCAGGACGUCCGCUCCACUACAGCUCUGGGCCAGGUCUUCUUCACCAGUGCCUCCAGCAAGAAGGAAUCCUUCGUCAGUGUGACCUCGCACUCCGGUGAGAUCUCCUCGAUUCUGCGCGUCGUCGGACAUCGCACCUUCAGCCUGAGCACAGGUGCUGUGAUUCCCGUUCUGGUACGCGCGGAGCAGAAGCACGAGCAGGCGACCACGACAGCAGUGUCGUGGACUGUCAGUGCGCAUUGCACAGCGCCGCCCGUGACUAGCGUGACUGCUUGUGUGUGCCCGUCAAGUGCGGCGCCCGUGACUACACCUUUGGUUACAGAUGUUUGA